GUCCGACGGCACCCAGCGGCGCACCCUGCAGGUGGACUACAUCCCCUACAUGGACGGCUUGGCCGAGGAGAUCGGGGCAAGACUCGACGUCAAGCGGCUCUUCCUGGCCGACCCCCGCCUGGCCUUCCAGGUCUUCUUCGGCCCCUGCUCCCCCUACCAGUUCCGCCUGACCGGCCCCGGCAAGUGGGACGGGGCGCGCGACGCCAUCCUGGGCCAGUGGGACCGGGCGCUCAACCCCACCCGCACCCGCACGGUGGCGGGGGGCUGGCUGGCCUCCGACCUGGUGUCCUUGCCCAACCUGCUGUGGGUAAUGGCCGUCGCCGCCGUCCUCUGGGUGGUCUUCCUCCUGCUCUGAGGCCGGGCAAU